AUGGCUCCCGCAAGAGACGACGAGCUGUUCACAGCAGUCAACGCCGACCCCCCCACAGUCAAGAAUACCAAGACCAAGGGUGGAGAAGGUCGUCUUAUGCACCGAUCUUUAAUACAGCACCCCUCCAUGGUCGAAUCAGCAAGUGGUAUCUACCUAAACCUCGCCAACGGCAAGAGAGUCAUCGAUGCAUGCGGUGGUGCUGCUGUAGCCUUGAUUGGCCAUGCCAACGAGGAAGUCAUUCAAGCUAUCUCGGACCAAGCCCGAAAAGUGAGCUACGUCCACACGCAAGCCUAUACGACACAGCCGGCUGAGGAACUUGCCGACCUUAUCCUCGAUGGCAAUCCGCAUGGUCUCGAGAAGGCCUUCUUCGUCUGCAGCGGAAGUGAAGCCGUCGAAUCGGCGCUAAAAUUGGCCCGUCAGUACCAUUUCGAAAAUGGUCAGCCGCAGAGGAAGCACUUUAUUGGCAGAAAACAAGCGUACCACGGCAAUACUAUGGCGACCAUGUCGAUUUCAACAGUCGCAUCGAGAAAGGUCCCAUACGAGGGCUUCUCCUACCCCCACGUCUCAUAUGUUUCACCAGCAUAUCCGUACCAAUACCAGAGAGCAGAUGAGACCGAGGAUGAAUUUACGGCUAGGCUACUUGCCGAGAUCGAGGACGAGUUCCAAAGGAUUGGCCCAGACAAUGUCAUUGCCUUUGUUGCCGAGACUAUGGUGGGCGCUACCGCAGGCUGCGUGGCACCCCCUGUCGGCUACAUCGCUGGUGCUCGUCGAAUUUGCGACAAGCAUGGCGCUCUUCUCAUUCUCGACGAAGUCAUGUGCGGCACCGGACGCACUGGAACUUACUUCGCUUUUGAGCAAGAGGGCAUUGUUCCCGAUAUCGUCACAGUCGCCAAGGGUCUUGGCGGAGGUUACGGCCCCAUUGCCGGCGUUCUGAUGCACGAGAAGGUCGUGUCCAUGCUGAGACAGGGAUCCAACGCCUUCAACCACGGACACACUUACCAAGCCCAUCCCAUUGCCUGCGCAGCCGCGUUGGCUGUUCAAAGGAUCGUGAAGCGGGACGACCUCGUCGCUCGCUGCGCUCAGUUAGGGAAGCAGCUUGAAGUGCUACUGCGCAUUGAGCUCAUCAACUGCAAAUCAGUCGGUGACAUCAGGGGAAGAGGUUUGUUCUGGGCUGUCGAAUUUGUCAAGGACAGGGAGACAAAGGAUACCUUCGAUCCCAAGCUGCGAUUUGGAUUACGAGUUCAAGAGCGGGCCUUUGAGAAGGGCGUCGCUCUCUACCCCGGCGCUGGCACGGUGGAUGGCUCGAGAGGAGAUCACGUCCUACUUGCUCCCCCGUUCACGACAACAGAGGAGGAGCUACGUAAGAUUUGCAGUGUUUUCAGGGAAGCACUGGAGGAGAUUGAAGCGGAAAUUCUUUGA